CCACCUGAAGCUCUCACAAACCAAGAUCUCUCCAUCUUUACUCUGCACCAGGAGCUACAACGACUUCGAAGUUUCUGCUUCACUUCUCAGACCGCACUUUAACUUCAACUAUUUUGUCAGUAUGCAGCUUUUGUCCAGCCUAGUGUCUCUUUUGCUGGUGCUGUAUAGUGUCAGAGCAGCAGCUGUGCUUCCAGUGGAGGAGAGGAACCCGGCACAAAGUAGGGAGCUGAGCAAAGAGCGCAAGGAGCUGAUCCUGAAGCUGAUUUCUGGGCUUUUGGAUGGAGUAGACAACAGCGUGCUGGAUGGGGAGAUAGCGCCUGUCCCCUUUGAUGUGGAGGAGCCCCUGGAAUCCCGUCUGGAAGAACGGGCCGUCUACAACCGAUUAUCACAGCUGCCACAGCGCGACCGCAAAGCCCCGUGCAAAAACUUCUUCUGGAAGACCUUCACAUCAUGUUAACGGCACCAGUUCUGCAACAAUGACGCGAUCCUCACUGAUACCUGACAUGAACUGUGUAGACCUCCACUGUACAUACCAUCUCCAGUGUCUGAAGAAAGGUCUCUGUGGACUUACUCUGACACAGUCUGUUUGUUAAAGACAUUGAUGAUGAUAUUUAUUUAUUUAUCAAUUAAGCUAUUUAUGGACCUUUUUUGUUUUUCAGCAUUAAAAAAAGAAUAAAGCAUGGUUAAGAUAGUGGCUUUUUUGAUAAAAGAUGUCUUAUUUACUGUGGUCAAGCAUCAAAUUAUGUUAAACUGACUGAUGAAUAAAUAUAUAACUGAUCACAGAGCCAGAUAUGUAACAGAUGAUGUUAACAGUGCUACAUAUAAACGUUUUCCCAAAAGAACAAAUCAUGUAUAGGCUGUUUAUUACAAGAUCAUCUGAAUGGCAUUUUCACGAGCUGUGGUUUUUUUUUGACUCAUAAUACACCAGAUUAAUUGAUUGA